AUCUUCCGGCCGCCUAGUUCUGUCAGCCAUUUUGCACAACGCCGUGGCGACGUCGUCCAUAUUUUUGGGUUCGCGUUGUCUGGAGACCCUGUUCUUUAUUUCAGUGUAAUAUUUAAUUCAUUGCCCUUAGUCACCCAAAAAUGGAAACCGAAGGACACGCUGAUUUCAGCACAGACGAAUUUCCCGAAGGAUCUAAAAUCAACGCGAGCAAAAACCAACAAGAUGAUGGGAAAAUGUUCAUUGGGGGGCUCAGUUGGGAUACCAGCAAGAAGGAUCUCACAGACUACCUGUCAAAGUUUGGUGAAGUAUUGGACUGCACCAUUAAAACAGACCCCAUGACAGGAAGAUCUAGAGGCUUUGGCUUUGUCCUCUUCAAAGAUGCAGACAGUGUGGAAAGGGUAUUGGAGCUGAAAGAGCACAAGUUGGAUGGGAAACUGAUUGAUCCCAAACGAGCCAAAGCCAUGAAGGGGAAGGAGCCUCCCAAAAAAGUGUUUGUUGGAGGCUUGAGCCCGGAGACAUCGGAGGAUCAGAUUCGUGAAUAUUUUGGAAAAUUUGGCGACAUUGAGAGCAUUGAACUUCCCAUGGACACCAAAACAAAUGAAAGAAGGGGAUUCUGCUUUGUGACAUACCUGGAGGAAGAGCCUGUCCAGAAGCUUCUGGAAAACCGAUAUCAUCAAGUGGGAUCAGGAAAGUGUGAAAUCAAGGUUGCCCAGCCAAAGGAAGUUUAUAGACAACAGCAGCAGCACAGGGGUGCACGGAGCAGCUAUGGGGGUAGAGGGUCCAGAGGCCGUGGACGGGGAGGUCAAAGUCAGAGCUAUAACCAGGGUUACAGCAACUACUAUGGACAGAAUUAUGGGAGCUAUGGAAAUGGAUACAACCAAGGAUACAAUGACUAUAGUGGUUAUGAUUACUCUGGCUACAACUAUAAUAGCUAUGGCUAUGGACAGGGCUACGAUGACUACAAUGGCCAGCAGAGCAGUUACGGCAAGGCUUCCAGAGAAGGAGGAAACCACCAGAACAACUAUCAGCCAUACUGACUUGAACCCGGCCUGAUAUAAUUUUGCGGGGGACUUCAUUGCAGGCCGUGUGUCGCCUGACCACGACAUUCUCUGGGCGUCGCACAUAGCGGGCAGAGAGCACGGCAUGCACAAGAAAACGCUGUCCUGUGGUAUGGUCUCUUCCAACUUAAUGUACCAGCGUAAAAAAAGGAAAACUCGCACUUUUUUAUUUUUAAGUUGACCGUGUUUUCUUUAACAAUUUAUUAAAUUGGUUUUUUGCAGGAAUUAAAACAUGAAAACCUAAUGGUGGUUUUAAAGUGUUUCAACGACUGUAUUGUAUUUAUUUUAGUGUUCUUGUAUUUCAGUUCUGGACCUUCUGUGCUUUUUUCCUUUUCUAAAAUGAACCCCCCCUGUAAGAUGCUUAAACUUAAUGCUUGCUUUUUCUUUAUAGCCAUUAGAGAACUUCAAAUGAUAAACACCACAAGCCUUUUUCUGAAAACAUAGCUGUUGAAGAUCAUAUGUAAACAAGCUUUCUGAAGCCAUAAAAAGCUAAUGCAAAUUCCUGGACCAAUGUAUUUAAGGAAGUUCACUUGAAUGAAAGAUAUAAAUAGUAUACAGCACAGUUAGGGAAAUGUUUGGAUCUGCUCCUUAGUGGUGAGAUUAUUCACCAAUUAAGUGGAGCUGAAGCUUUUUCUGGCUAGUCAUACCCCCUUUAUGAAGUUGCAUGUUGUACAUAUGAUCUUUGAAACAGAAAUGGGAGAACUUAAUAGCUUAAAGUUGACAGCACAAGAAGUUUGUCAGUGAAACAUGGGCAUUCUCUAAUUUUCGCUUUAACAUCUUCUGUUGUCCAGAUUCUUGACAUACUACUUCUCUUCCAGGUGGGCGGGCCAGCUGAGACCUACUUCGUACCCUGGAGGCAGCUUGGAGACGAUUUUCCUUUUUAAAUCAAAGGUUCUUGUUUUUACUUUUUUCUUUCCAGAAAUGGGGAUCGAUGCCAAGUGCCCAACUUUGUAAAUAGGUUUUUUCACUUUGGAAUUGAUCAUCCUCUACAUUGACAAUGUCUGCAUUGUAAUGCAAUGUUUUGUUUGUCAUUGUUUUGUAAAGUGUUCCAUUUUGUUUAUUUUCAGCUCUUAAAGGGGUUAUUAAAGACUGCGGGUACAAAA